GGGGGCCGGGACGAGCCCCGGAGCCUGCACCGGAGCCGCCGCUGCGCUCCCCGGCCCGGCGCUGGGGCAGCGGGCGGCGCCCGCCGAGCCGGGCCAUGAGAACCCUUUCCGUGGAGGAGAAGUUUCACAACUAGUACACGAUGUAUCCAGGGUGAAUGCAUCACUUGCUUCUUGUAGACCUGGCAGCCAAAAUGGUCCUUCCUCGUUCUGAUGGUGCCAAGCACUGAAAAGGGAUCGCUGUUCUCUCACAGCCCUCAGGGUGGGUGCUGACGACAUUAAGAAAAACAGUGCCAGGUUUCCUUUGCCUGAGCUGUAAACAUGUCCACAGACCUGCUAUGGUGUGAGGAUUGCGGUAAGAGCCUUCUAGGAGAAUGCAAACUCCAUGGACCACUCAUCAAGGCUAAAGACAGGGUUAUUCCUAGCCGAGCCCGUCUUACCCUACCUCAUUACCUUACUUUGCGAGUGUUGGAGCUGCGAGCUGGAAAUCAGCAGAUCCUUGGAGUAUUUGCAAAGAAAGUAAUACAGAAGAGAACACAGUUUGGUCCUUAUGUUGGUCAACUGUCUACAAAACUGACCCGCUAUGAUGAGAGUAGGCUAGUCCUUCAGGUGUUGAAAGAUGGAGGGAAGUACUUUCUGGACACUCCCAAUGAAGACUGUGGAAACUGGAUGAUGUUUGUCCGGCUAGCCCGGAACCAAGAAGAACAGACCCUUGUGGCUUAUCAGCACUGUGGAGAAGUCUACUUCACGACUGUUAAGCCAAUUGAACCCCACACAGAACUGAAAGUAUGGUAUGCUGCCGAUUAUGCCAAAUUUAUGGAAGCUUCUGCAGUCUUUAUUAAAGAAGAAUCUGAUGUCUGUCCAUUGCCUCCAGUAGCAAAAGAGCCCGUAGACCCUUGGAUAUGCUCCAGUUGUAGAAGCGCUUUUGCAACUUUUGCUCUGCUGGAAUCUCACCAGUGCAUCAAUAAAGACCGAGUCCUUACCACAAGGUUCAGACCACCAAAUAAAUUGGGACCCGUAAAAGCAAAAAGCAAACUUAAAGGGAAACUGAGAGGAUCGGCAUUAGGCAAAAGCAUCACUCAGUGCUAUGGGACCAUUUCAUGUUCCUCUGCUGCAAAGCUUAGUUGUGCCAGCUCAGGAAACACUUGUGAUGCUCUUGUGAGGUUUAUACCUAAAUGGAGAAAUGGCCGGUCUUCACUGUUGAAGGGAAAAGAAGUGAAGCAGCCAGAAAGUUACUCUUGCCGACUUUGUGGGAAGAUAUUUGAUUCCAUUGAAAAGCUCACAGUCCACACUUACGCGCACAAAGGGGAGCGCCCCUACAAGUGUUCACAGCACGGAUGCACAAAAGCCUUCAUUUCCAAAUAUAAACUGCUCAGGCACUCAGCCACUCAUUCUCCACAGAAAUCUCACCAGUGUGGCUACUGUGAAAAGACCUUUCAUAGGAAAGACCAUCUAAAGAAUCACCUUCAGACUCAUGACCCUAACAAGAUGGCCUUCAAAUGUGAAGAGUGUGGCAAGAAGUACAACACCAAGCUAGGUUAUAAGAGACACUUGGCUCUUCAUGCAGCCACCAGUGGGGACCUUACCUGUAGGGUGUGUGCCCAGGAGUUUGGCGGUACUGAAGUUUUGUUGGAACACCUCAAAAGUCAUGCAGGGAAACCAACUGGCAAUACCAAGGAAAAGAAACAUAAGUGUGACCACUGUGAGCGUCACUUCUAUACCCGUAAAGAUGUGCGACGUCACAUGGUGGUUCACACGGGUUGCAAAGACUUUCUAUGCCAGUUUUGUGCCCAAAGGUUUGGGCGGAAGGACCACUUGACUCGCCAUACUAGGAAGACUCAUCCACAAGAACUGCUGAAGAGCAGGUUGCAGAAUGGUGACUCAGUAGGUCUCCUUGACCAACUUUUUCCAUUCAGACUGAAGGAAGAUGCCAGCAUACCAUCCCCUUUUCCUGAAAGAGCCUCUGCGCAGAAUGGAGUUUUGAAUAGUCCAGAACCAGAGGAAUACAACUGUUCACAUCUUCAUCCCCAGCCAAGCUUACAAACUGCUCUUCCUCUUGAACCUUCUCCUCAUUUGCAAAGGAUGGGCUGUGCAGACAGCCUUGCAGCUGUCCAUCCCACACCAUGCUCAACAGCCAUUCCUGCCAACCUGAACCUUCAUCAGUCUAAUAAAUAUGACCUUAGUUCUACCUCAUUUGCAGCAGGAUCCCUCAAAAAUCUUCCAAUCAGAGUGGAUGUUAAAGGUUACAACGUCCAUCUUCUAGAGGACCUGCCAUUACCAGAACCUCAGUCUCUCCACAAAAUCAGUCUGGAAGAAGCUUCCUCAGGGCCUGUAGGUGAUAUUCACAAGUACGCAGUGCACAAGGAGACAGAGACAGCAGCUGAAACUACCAGCAUGCCUUUCAUGGAUCUCACUCAUGUGAUGAGUUUCUGGCAACUCCCACCAGGUGACAACCAGAACACUACUGGGGACAUCACAAUGGCAUUUGGUCCAGAGGAGCCAUCACAUAGGCUGAAUGGCCAACAGCAAGGUCUACAGCUAGCAACUGGUGGCAUGGCCAUAAACCAGCUGCAUCAUUUUCCUCGCUCCUUUCCAUCCACUACAAAUUCUGUAACAUUGCCUCAUUUUCAUCAUGCCUUCAAAUAACUAUGCCUUUAAAAAAAAAAAGACUGAUUUACUUAAAUCUUUUAGGAGAGGGUUUUUUUGUUUGUUUGUUUUCAUUUUGUUUUAAGAAAAACUGUCCCAAAUGUUUUUUAAAGCAUGUUAUGAACAUGGUAGUUCAAUUCAGAAUGUUAAUAAACAAGAAGCUCUAUUUUUCAUACUACUAUUAGUUUUUAGCAUAUGACAAUAGUAGGACUAACAUAUUUCCCUCAACAUCCUCUGUACUUUUGUUUCUUACCUUUCAAACAAACAGCUGAAUAAAUAUCUUCAAUAAUAGCAAAGCAUCAUAACAGGCACAAGGAAACUUUGGCUGCCGCAGUAGGAGAAAUAGGGUUAGGGUGAAUGGGAAGAAGGGGGAAAUCACAGAAAAAUAACUUUAAUGAGCCAAGAAUCACAAUAAGUGUAUACACAUGGAAACCUUAAUAUGAACAAGUUAUUGGUGUGAUCUAGAUUUCUGUUAAGCACUUAAUUACUGAAUUUUAGGAAUCUUUAAUUUAAAUCCAAAUAAUUCCAAGAAUAAAUCUUAUCUCCUUGUUUCACUCUUUUAAAAUGAAGAAAAUUACUGUUGUGAUUAUGUUUAACUAGAUUUUUUUUUUCCUGAAGCACACUUCAGCUGUGUGCAUCUCCUGCAUUAUUCCUAUGGCUGGAAAUAGCUACCACUGCUGCAUGACUGUGCCAGAGCAGCUGUCUUGUAUGGGUGUGGUUUUCGGAAUGGGAAGUGAAUUUUCUCAAAGGUUAGAGCAAACAUUAAUUUUCACUUAGAACAUGAUCAUCUAGCAAGAUACAGGAACCUGGGUCUCACGCUAGCAAAGCACUUAAGCAUUUGCUUAAAUUUAAGCACGUGUAAUCCCAUUGGGUCAACAGCUUGCCUGAUUUAACACUCAAUAAAGAAUAAUGCUUCCUACCUAAGGGGCCUUUAUUCACCUUUUGUUGAUUUUUUUAAAAAAUGGCUUUUGUUUAGCAUGGGAAAUUAUUCUUAAUCAUAGCUGUCUGAGACAUGGACUCCUUGACAGAAAGCCAGCCCUGGCAAGGCAGCCCGCCUCCAUCCAAGCUUAACCUCUGUUGAGUCAGGGGUAGGUCCCCAUGCAGGAGGCUUGUGGUAGUUACCUCAGGCUGUGCCCUGUUCUAAACCACAGGUUGUGGCCCUGCCUCAAAAGCAUCUUACGAAGUUAGUAGGUACGGUAGUGGUCAAAGCCAUCUUAAUCAUGUUUGUUUUGCUCAAUAGUAUUUGGGCAGUUAGAAUUGGGCUUUCAGCCUGUGUUUCUUCCAAAGCAGCUUCACAGGGACUUCUCUUUGUUUCAUGUGGUAAAUUGUCCUUGUAUGUUUCCAGUUUCCCGCUGGAAACUGGUGUGACAGUCCCAUCACCUGACCGAUAUGUUAGCAGAAACUGCAAAAAAAAAUCAAAAAAACCUACGUCUCCCAGUAGAUGACAUUAAAUAAUAAAUAGAUAAAUAAAAAGCCUUCCGAAUUUACUUUCUUGCCUGACCCAUACUUAAAAAAAUAAUAAUAAUCCCAUUCUACUGUAUGAUGCCAUUACUAGUGGAUUUUGUCACAGCUGAAACAGAUGCAGAAUUUCUGAAUCUGAAUACACAAUCUCUUCCAUUAAAUUAAAAGGUAAUUAAUUGUACCUAAUGAUCAUUACAGAUAAACCAUGAAACAAGUUUGUUCUUGUCUCCCCCAUUAAUCACAGAAAUAUUUCCAGAUAACUUCUAAUAAAAACUAUUUUUAAAAUGAUUGUUAUUUUGCUUUUAAAGAACUACAAUGACAGAUAUUAAUAUUUUUACAAGCUUAUGAUUAUUUGGAUUAUGGACAGGUGGUAUUAUUGCAGUUUGUGCAAGACUAUGUUCUUCAGAUCCAUUUUUAUUGCAAAUGUUUUUGGCAUAGAACAAAACAAAAGGAAUUUUAAAAUCAUUUGAAUUAUGAGAAUAGCAGUAGAAAAAGUGGGUAGCUGCACAUUCAUGUCCAGCUAGCAGUUAUUUAAAUUACAAGUGUCAGAAUAGUGAAAAAGUCUAAAACAAUGUUACAUGCACAAUUUACAACUCAUCUCAUAAUUUUAUCUAGAUGUGGAAAGGUGUGUUUAUAUUCAUUUGCUGCAUUGUUUUCCUUGUUCAUGCAAAUUGUACUCAGUUGCCUUUGUUCAAGCAUGUGUAUUUGUGGGAAAAAAAAAAACACAACACAUUCUUGUA